GUCGCUCAAGGUGCUCCAGUUCCGCGGCCGUUCUGUCGGAGUCUGAUCAGCACUGCGGUUAUUCGUGGCUCUCGAGACGAUGCUCAGGCAUCGAGCAGCGUACCGGAUAUCAAACGACUGAUGGAUGAUGCAAUGAUGGCUCCGAGAACACUUACGCCCGGUAGCUCAAACGAUUUCCUUGUACCGAGUGCGCCUUGUGUGCCGGAAGUUUAUCCGCUGGAGACGUUACACAAUGCUCUAACUCUCAGCCAGUUGGAAGCAUUUUUUGCGCGUCUAACCACUCGGAAAUUUCCCACCCCGUUCACAUCUCCUCAACAUCCAUCCACACCAGUAGCUUACUACCAUCAUUAUCACGAUUCGGCGGGCAGUCUGAUAUCUGCAUUCCAAACGAACACAUCCACAACGGAGCUAUUGAUCAGUGAUGAGCAUCAAAUGGACGCAGCUCCAACCGAUCUCGUUUUGGCCAAUCCCUAUAUGAAGACCUCGUGUCAGGCUGAGUCUGCUUUGGCUCCAACUACUGCCGUGUUCAGACUAGUCACGGUUCAUCGACCGUCCGAUACAACCACAGAUGGGUUUGCCGAACCGGAUUCGGAGACAGCCAUGGAUAAUGUGUGGCUAGAUGAUGCUAAAGUAAGUGCUCUUGAAUGGUGCUUCUACAUUACGCCUUUAGAUCAGCGUGUCUCAAUCCGUAUUGGUUUCGUGGAAAUAUAA